CAGCAGUGACAAGGAGAUCGAUGGGGUGCAGCGGAAGCUCACAGAGCAGUUCAAGUGCAAGUCACUUGGAGAGGCAAGGUACUACCUGGGAAUGCACAUUGAGCGGGGAUACUGAACGUGGCUGGCUCAAACUGC